AGGGUGGUGGGGGGGGGAUGGUUAGAAGACACACACGCAGGAGGAUCGCAGUGAAAACUGAGGCACAGAUCAGCUGUGAUCACAGUGUCUGUGUACAGGUGAGGUUGCAAGGUUUAAGGUGAUGUGUUGGAGUAGACGCAGUUCCAGUUAGAGUUUGGGCUGAGUUGAGAGCAUAAGUCAAACUACGUAAGCAGUUAGAUUGAACCAAAGGAGGAUCAAGGAAAAAUCAAGGAUGCCACGUUCGUUUUUGGUGAGGAGGAAGCGGGAAGUGUGCGGAGUUUGGACAUGGGGAGAUGCUGAAAACUCAUCCUGGGUCAAUCACAUCAGUGCAGUAGCAGUAAAGACCCCUGGCGUCACCAGUCUGCAGUCAGUGCCGACAUCAGACAGUGUUCCUUCUGGCCCGAUAAACUCGUCCAGCAGCACUGACCUAGAGUCAGCAUAUGCGUCCAGCAGUAACGAAUCAGAAACAGCAAGUCCUGAACACUUCCACUCUCAGCAGCCUCCUCAGAGUCUCUUUCAGACGACUCCUCCUCCUGACUCAGCCUCAGCCACCAGAGCCAAGGUUCCUGCUCAUAGCUCUGGAGACUUCCAGUGUCCCAUGUGCCAUAAAAUUUUCCCACUCCAGCGCAUGUUGACGCGACACCUGAAGUGCCACAGCCUUAUCAAGAGGCACCCGUGCAGGUACUGCGGCAAAGGCUUCAACGACACCUUUGACCUGAAGAGGCACAUGCGCACACACACAGGUAUCCGGCCGUACAGGUGUGAGCUGUGCGAGAAGGCUUUCACGCAGCGCUGCUCGUUGGAGUCUCACCUGCGCAAGAUCCAUGGCGUGAGGCAGCAGUACGCGUACCGGCAGCGCCGCUCCAAGAUCUUUGUGUGUGAGGACUGCGGCUUCACUUCCAGCCGGCCCGAUGAGUACUUCAUGCACGUGCGUCAGAGGCAUCCAGAUAGUCCGGCACUGCGCAGAUACUACCGCAAACACAUGCAGGAGACGCACACUCAGCCCCGCAUCUCACCCUUCAUGCUCUACCCUACCACAGCGUUUUACAUGUGAAACCCUACGCAGUUUCACUGAGCCUCUGCUGAAGCUGCUUACACAAUAACACGCGCAUGUAACAUCAUGGAGACUCACUAGCAUGAUGUUAUACAAAUACACACUAUGGCCAAAGGUUUGUGAAAACCUGACCAGAACACCCAAAUGUGCAUUUCUAAGCGAGACUUAGUUCCCCUUUGCCAUUGUAAUAACCUCCACUUUUCUGGGGAGGCUAUUGCCUAGAAUUUGAGGUGUAUGCUCAUAACAGCGUUAGUGAGGUCAGAUACUCAUAUUGGUGAGGAGGGGCAUUCCAAUUCAUCCAAAAGGUGUUCAGUGGGGUUGAGGUCCAGGAUCUGAGCUUCAUGCACAAGGCCAUUGUCAUGCUGGAACAGUUUGGGCCUCUUAGUUCCAGUGAAGGGAAAUUGUUUUGCCACAGCUUACAAACGCAAUCUAUACAACUGUGUGCUUCUAACUUCGUGGCAAUAGUUUGGGGAAGAACCACAUAUUAGUAUGAUGGUCAGGUGUCACAAACUUUUAGGCAUAUAGUAUACGCAAUGGUGGACAGUGUAUAUAAUAUUUAAUUCAGGUAAAGUCUGCUGUUAUAUAUCAGAUCUUACAUCUUUAGAAUUUUUUAUUCUCAUACUUUUAAGAUGUCAUGUUCAUGCCUGUAUGUCUGUUAUGCCUGUACAGUUCAUAUAAUCUUUACCUUGGUUAAUAUUUUUAUAUGUGCUAAUGUUUGUAUUUUAAUAAAAAUCUUUCUUGAGAAGUUUUGGGA